UUUGAUUCAGUCAAGAUGGACCUUCGAGUCGGUCUUUCUUCAAUUCUUUCAAUUUUCUUUACAUUAUUUCAUAUUUCCAACGCUAAAUUGACGCCAGAGAAAUGCAGAGARCUAGGACUAUCGGCUAACCUACUUUGUGGCUCGUGUGAUGAACUUAAACAGUUUAAAAUGGAGGAGUUAAUAGAGAAUUGUCGAAGUUGCUGCCAUGAAGAAGGAAGUCACAGCCAAGACGCGGCCAAGCGUUUUGCUUCAGCAACACUGGAAGUGUGCAACUGAAAAUUGGGUCGCUUUCCUCAAAUCCAGGCCUUUGUUCGUAGUGAAAGGCCUGAAAAGUUUCCUAACCUUAGGAUUGACUUUGUGAGAGGAGCAGACCCAAUUCUAAAGCUUCAUGGUGAAGAUGGUAGUAUACAAGAAGAGCUCAGUAUUGACAAAUGGAACACUGACAGUGUAGAAGAGUUUUUAACAGAAAAAUUACAAACUUAGAUACUAGAUUUUUUUAUGAAUUCAUGGAUUCACUAGUAUUAACUAAAGAAAUUGAAGUUACGGCACAGUUAUUCCAGUGAUGACAUCCCCUUGUUAAACCUGUUUACGACUGGCAUUUGGUGAUUGAUGGAUGGAAACAGCUUUGUGGCUUCAUAUUAUUAUGUUCUAAUUUUUAUUAAUUGUUUGGUUGACUUCAAAUGCUUAAAAUUGAGACUAUCAGUUGAAUUCAUAUUUAAAUUCACUUCCAUAUAGAAUCUUUCGCUUGUGUGCUAUGCCAUAAUGGUCAUGUUAACACCCUGAGCUCCAAAGGCUACGAAUAGAAAAUUUUCACGGCAUGCCAACAGUGUAUUGCACAUUCAAAAAUGAAAUCAUCUGAUAUGCGUAUGGCUUUAUAAAAAGACAAUAAUAAUUGUAAUUUAUAUGGGACUAAAGACUGGUUCAUACUAGUAUUGGAAUCAAUGUACACAAACUCAGUAGCGCAUUUAUCACUUGGGUGUGAAAAAAGAAAAGCAAAACACUACUGCGUCUCAGUAUGUUGCUUCCUAUUCCUACACUAGUUUGAAGCAGACUUAAAAUGAAAUUUUAUGCAUAACAUUUUAAUGUAUUUAUCUAUACGAAAAAAUAUCAUGUGCACGCUCUAAACCCGUGAAUAAUAUUUAGUACUAAUUAGUAGUAAUUAAUACAGAAUUCUUUGUUUCCUAUUGUUUGAUUCUCACUAAAUUAGUAUUUGUUUCACGGGUUUAGUGCGAGCACUCUACUUGCAUUCAAUCAUGAUCACUAAAAUGAAAGAAAAUUUCUAAAGUUUUAGUGAAUACAGAUAUAAGUUUACCCCUAUAAGCAUUAUACAUGCAUUAUUUGAAUGUAUACAUAUUUUCAUCGGUAGUACUUUUCACACUUUUCUUGCAGCUGGCGUUAUGAUGACCUCACGACAAACCAUAUGCUAUUGGGCUUGUGAGGUCUGAUGCUUGCCAGAGCUACAUCAAAGAAAAUAUCAAUCUAUAUAUUAUCCUUUCCAUCAGUAAAUUAAUUUCAUAGCCAUUAAUGAUUAGUAAAUCUAGAUUGUGUAUUUAGUUUGUUGUGAAAUAUGGUCAGCCUGCAUUCAAUCCAUUUACUCUUAUGUAUUAAUCACUUGGAAACAAUAAAGCUUAGCUAAUUUCUUCUUAAAAAGACCUUUACAACUAAUUAUACCCCAGCCCAACAGCAUCUGAAAGCUGUACAUUUUCCUGCCAACCCAUUCUUAAUAAAAAGACCAGCAAAACAAGA